AUGCAUUUCCCUACAGCACUUCUCUUUCUCUCAGUGACCAUCAACCUACUAUACCGAGCGCUGGCAUUGCCAAUUGCAGAAACCGAACAACUUACCCCCGUCAUCGAACGAAGGAGAGCUACAUAUUCAGUCGUCAAUGUAAAUGGUAGCGGAGCGACAACGGUGACAACGGACAUAGUUGUGCAGACGAUAACCAAGACGGACAUCGUGUCUACAGCUACCACAACCACGAUUGGCGCUACAACAGCAAUCUCGAUAGUACAGCCCCAGCCCAUUAAGACAAGCACCGUUACUGUAACGGUUACGGAGGCUACAUCUUCUCCUUUAACGACUACCAGCCCGCCAACCACCAAGUCAACAACAAUCGCCUCUUCGACAAGCACCAGUUACUCUUCAUCCGCACCUAGUACAAACUCCACUUCUUGCACAUCUAGCGCGUCUACUCCAACCAGAUCGCCAUCAUCCUCCCAUACUCCCUCCAUGACGAUACCACGGCCGUCGUCAGUCUCACCGUCAUGGGCCCCAUCCAGGGGCCUUCCUCUCCCAGCACCGACGAGGCCAGCCAAUAACCCUGGGUUUCCGACUUGGAAGUACAGACGAGCUGAUACCGGCAAGAACACUGUUGUAAAACGGUCGUUGCUGCAUGGCAUUUGA